AACCGCGCAGUCUCACAUCAUUUUUCAAACAGCAAAGUUGCGGCGCUCCGUCAAACGUAUUGUGUGAAAUUAAGUUAAAUUUGUAGUAUCUUAACGGCCACUGCAGCAGUCGCGAAAUUCAACCAAAAUAGGAACUGACGAAAGUGCUUUCACAAUAUUUUAAACGUAUUUAAAAUCAAGCUAUAAGCAAAGCUCAACGAAGGUCAGCAGCCAACGACAAACAGCCGGUCGUGUCCGUGUGUGUGUGUAUGCAUGUGUGCGCACAUAUGAAUUAAAAAAAAAUCCCAAUCAGAAGAAGAAAAAAAGGAUAACGACACCACAAUCGAACAACUGACUGUUAUUAGAUAAUUUAUUUAACCAAAUAAUACAAAAAACAUAAAAAAUUCGAAAAUAUGGAUAACAAUUUUGCGGAGCUCAAAAAGGAGGCAGCUGCGACAGCUGAGGACAUUUUCCAAGCAGCCAGCAAAAAGGUGACAGGCGCCUACGACGAUUUGCUCGGCGAUUUCAGCGGUGAUGGCAGCAGUGCAGUCAACGCGGGCAGCGCUGCUAACGUAAGCGCAAGCAGCGACGGCGCGCAGGACGAUAAUGCGCACACCGAACACUAUUUUGCCAACGAGCAGAAGAACGUGGACUUCGGUCUCGGUGACCCGCAAGCAUUUGUGCAACGUAUGUCCGCUGGCGCCAAGGAAGCCCAAGAGCAGCUGGACGCCAAGUUUGCCGCUGCCCAGCAAAGCACAGUGGAUGAUUUCAGUGAUUUCCUCUCGCAGGCAGGCAAAAGCACCAAGCAAGGCAUCAGCGAUCUGACCACUGACUUUAUGAACAUGGAGCGUGGCUACUUUGGCGAUUCGGCAGCAGCUCCAGUUCCAGCUCCAACAGCUGCUCCAGUUCCAGCUGCAGUUCCAACUCCAGCUGUAGAUCCAAUUCCAGCUGCAGUUCCCGCUCCGGUUCUGGCUCCAACUCCAGUUGUAGCUGCAGUUCCAGUGCCGGCUGCAGUUCCGGAACCGCAGCAGCAGGAUUUGCUGGGCAGCUUCAGUCAGCCAACUUCCGCUACGCCGCUGCAGCCUUUUGAGCCCACAGCGCCUGCUAAAACCAAUUUCUACGAUGACGACGAUGAUGAUGAUGUUGUUGAAGAUAAUGAUAGUGAUGAUUUGUUGAGCAAACCUGCUGCGAGUGCUUCCGCUGCUGUGCCUGCUCCAGUCUCUGUGCCUGUGGCAGCUGCUGUUGCUGCAGCCAACAAGGACUCGGACACAGACUCGCCUUCCGUCUCUUAUACAACUUCGCCGGCCAAGAAACCCAUUACCGAUGCCCUCAAGGAGCAAGACAAUGACAAGUUUAUUUCUUCGGAGGAUUUGUUAAGCGAUUUCAAGGAGGAGCCACGCAUUGCCACGCCUCCAGUGGCAGUGACAGUAGCGAAGGCGGCAGCGCUAAUCACCGAUCUGGAUGAUGACGAGGUUGUCGCUAAGCCAACCGUUCCGAUUCCAUCUCCAGUGGCAGCCAAAGUGGAACCCAAAGUCGAGCCAGUCAAGUCCGUGCCCAAAGUGGAGCCGCCCAAGCCGAAGGCAGCAACACCACCACAACAACAACAACCAAAGAUUGUGUCCGUCGAGGAAAUCUUCUACAAAUAUGGACUGGAUGCCUGGUUCAAGCCCGAACGUUUGCACCCGCAAGUGGAAUCCCUCAUCUACUGGCGCGAUGUGAAAAAAUCAGGCAUUGUUUUUGGCGCCGGCCUGGUCACCUUGGUGGCCAUCUCCAGCUUCUCCGUGAUCAGUGUGUUUGCAUAUCUGUCGCUGCUCGCACUCUUCGGCACCGUCGCCUUCAGAAUCUACAAAUCGGUGACACAGGCCGUACAAAAGACAAACGAUGGACAUCCCUUCAAAGAAUAUCUGGAACUGGAUCUGACGCUGUCGCAGGAGAAGGUUCAGCAUAUUGCCGGCGUGGCUGUGGCACAUUUGAAUGGCUUCACUGCUGAGCUGAGGCGUCUGUUUCUGGUUGAGGAUCUGAUCGAUUCGAUUAAAUUCGGUGUCAUUCUGUGGGUCUUCACCUACAUUGGCGCCUGGUUCAAUGGCAUGACUCUGGUCAUUCUGGCCUUUGUCUCGCUGUUCACCUUGCCCAAGGUCUAUGAGAACAACAAGCAGUCGAUCGAUACCUACUUGGAUUUGGUGCGCACCAAGUUGACAGAGAUCACCGACAAAAUCCGGGUGGCUAUUCCCAUUGGCAAGAAGCCUGUGGCUGCAACUGAGUCUGAGAAGGACAAAUAGAAAGCAACAACAUCAGCAUCAGCAACUGCUACAACAUCAGCAACCGCAACUAACAACAACAGCAGCAGCAGCAACAACAUGUUUAUUUAUUUAUUAAGCAUUAUUUGAAUGGUUUAAUAUUCAUCGGGGCAUAACAAAUAAAUACAUAUUUAAUUGUAUAACUACAUACAUACAACAACAACAACAACAACCACAGCAACUUGCAAUGUAAAACCCAAAAUAAAAAGCUAAUCAAAGGAAAGAAAUCGAUAAAGCGGAAGAUAUCAACUCACACAUCGUAGAAGUUUCAACAUUGUCCAAGUGUCUUUAAGUUUUUAAUCGAACGAAAAGUAAACAAGUAUAUAAACAAAUCAAAAAACAACAAAAAAAACACAGCCACAGCAAUGCAAUUAAAGUUUCCUCGGUUCCAAUAUGAUUUCCUUUUUUUAUGCGAAAUUUUUAGCGAAAACAAAACCCAAUUAAAAAAAGUAAAUAAAAAAAAUAAACA